GAGCUAAACUGAGUUGAUUUCUUCCUCAGUUUUUUGAUAUUUAUGGCUGGAGGCUAGUGCCUAGAAAAGCCAACAUAGAGAACCUCAUCUCUGAGCUUGUGGACAAAGCAUCUCUCAGUCAGUUGGCCUUUUUUUAAACUUGCUGAGUCAGUUGUUGGCCUUAUUUAAAAGUUGCAGUAAUAGGCACAGAACAAGCUGUGAGGAGAGGAGAGAUGAGGAGCAUGAAAGGAGAAGUUGUUCUCAACAUCCCUGCAGAGAAGGCAUGGGAAAUGUACAGAGAUAAUGAGAUUAUCAGCAAAAUAAAUCCAGAAAUGCUCGCUGCUGCUCAAUACAUCCAGGGAGACGGCAGCCCUGGAAGUCUCAGGCUGUUCAAGCUUGGCCCUGCUGUGCGCGGUUAUGUGAACGAAUCAACUGAGAAGAUAGAGAAGGUCGAGAAGGGCCGUUCUGUGUCAUACAGUGUCAUCAGAGGUUGCCUGAAGAACAUGUAUGAUCCAUAUAGGGUAACCUUCUCAUUCGCUCCAAUGAAAGGUGAAGAAAAAGAUAAGUGUAUAGCUGAAUGGAAGGCAGAAUUUGAGAUGCUGACUCCAGAAACGCCUAUGCCAGAAAAAGCUAGGGAUGCAGCACUUGGAUUCCUCAAGUCAUUUGAAAAGUUUGAGCUAAGUUGCUAAGUUAACUAUGAAUAAGUCAUAUGCAGUAUAAGAUGUACUGAUGUGUGUUCCCCAACCAACUUUGUAUUUAAUCCUAGAUUUCAGAUAACAAUCUAUCCAUGCCGGGCAGUGUAUGCAUACAUAUCCUCCAUGUGUCCAUGCCCUAGUCUAGCAACUACAAUCAAUAUAUGCAAGUUUUUUAAUUGGUGCCA